UAUUUGUGCACUCACAGAGUCACAGUCUCUAUCCCAUCCAAAGUUGCACUCACAGUCUCUCUCUCAUCCAAAGGAAAGUCUGGUUUGGAAACACGAAGGAAGGUAUCUGUUUGAGAUGUAAUUUUGUUCCCAUCUCUCUCUCUACAGUCUACCCUACCCAUAAUCUCUCUCAUUCCCUCUCUAUCUCCUGCUGCAUUCUUCCAGAAUUCGACUUUAAUGUCGCGAACGAAGAGAUAGAGAGAGAAAGAAAAGAAAACCAAUUUCCAGAGCUAAAAAAGAAUUAUUUGGAAAGAAAAAGCAGAAAAUGGAGUUGGAUAGUAUUGAAUGUGUAUCAUCAUCAGAUGGAAUUGAUGAAGAAGAGAUCCAUCAACAUCAUUUCUCAUCUAAACCUCACACAAAUAUUUUCUCUUCAGUUGUUUCCCCGGCAACCAGCGUACAUGAGUUAUUAGAAUGCCCCGUUUGUACUAACUCAAUGUACCCGCCAAUUCACCAGUGCCACAAUGGGCAUACGCUGUGCUCCACAUGUAAAACAAGGGUGCACAACAGGUGCCCGACCUGUAGACAGGAACUGGGGGACAUCAGAUGUCUAGCAUUGGAGAAGGUAGCUGAGUCACUUGAGCUGCCUUGCAAAUAUUGUUCCUUAGGUUGCCCAGAAAUUUUCCCCUACUACAGCAAGCUGAAGCACGAGGCUCAGUGUAACUUCAGACCUUACAAUUGCCCAUACGCUGGAUCAGAGUGUUCCGUCGUUGGGGAUAUACCUUUCUUAGUUUCCCAUCUGAGGGACUAUCACAAGGUAGACAUGCACACUGGAUGCACAUUCAAUCACCGUUAUGUGAAGUCUAACCCGCGCGAGGUUGAAAAUGCCACCUGGAUGCUAACGGUUUUCAAUUGCUUUGGCCAGUACUUCUGUCUGCACUUUGAAGCCUUCCAGCUCGGCAUGGCCCCUGUGUACAUGGCAUUCCUCCGUUUCAUGGGUGAUGAAAAUGAUUCCCGGAACUACAGCUAUAGUCUAGAGGUUGGUGCGAAUGGUAGGAAGCUUACGUGGGAGGGCACUCCUAGAAGCAUACGAGAUAGCCACCGGAAGGUCAGGGAUAGCCAUGAUGGCCUUAUUAUUCAGAGAAACAUGGCACUUUUCUUCUCCGGUGGGGAUAGGAAGGAACUGAAGUUGCGUGUUACUGGACGCAUUUGGAAGGAGCAACAAAACUCAGAUGCAGGAGUGUGCAUACCAAACCUAUGUAGUUAGCUGAGGUGAAAGUAUGUCGGCGGUCAUGGUUUGACUAUCUGUGUCUUUGUUUGCGCCAUCGUGUGUUUGUAUUUCAUGUGGUUUCUGCUGAUAUUAUUACUUAUUACAGAUAGAGAUGUUGGGAAUUCAUGAAAUAUAUAAGAUAUAAGUCACGGAAGAUUUUAGCGGCUUUUGUAAA